UGGUUUCUUUCCCAUAUUACUUUUCUUAUCUGGGAAAUUUCAAAAGGCAGGCAGGGAGGAUUUUAUUUCCCCCCACCCCACCCCCAAAACUCAGAAUCAAAGCAACUGCUUCUUUUCCACCCUGUGGAGAUGCCCCUAGGGAGGACUUCAUUCAGGUUGAAGCAAUUUGAAAAAGAAAUUGCACAAGGUAGGAGAAAACAUGUAUACACUAUUUCAUUUGUAUUGUCUAGGGCCUAACUAAAGGAAUUUACUACAACUCUCCUAUACUAAAAUUAUAAAUUUAAUACAUUUUUUUCCUACAGCUACUUCUCAGCUACUCCUUAUAGUCUGAGUGAGCUCACGAGCCUAGUAAUUUAAUGGAACUUUAUGCUAAAUAAUCUUAAUCAAGCUAAUGAUGUCAUAAAAGAUGUUAAACGGGGUAGGGGGGAUCAUGAAUUUGGGAUGAUUUAUAAUGAGGGUGUAUAAAUUUUGUGACUAUAGGAGGAGGAGGUUAAAAAGAUCUGCCAAAAAAAAUGCAUGUCAUUUAUGUAUGGCCCCUUAGCUUUCAAGUUUCAGUUUUAAGUUAAUAGUGUUCAAUGGCAAGCCGCAAAAGCAAAAAUAUUAAGUAAACGACAAGUCCCAUUAUUUACCCUUUACAUUUAGUUAUUUACUGAGGCCCACGGACUUGAGAAGGAACAGAGGUGUACAGAGAAUGGCGCACAACAAGUCAUGUGGCUUGGGCGCCAUUUAAAAAUGGGGGUUGGGGGGGGGGCAAAAUAAUUGCAUGGUACAAAUAAUAAGGGUAUAUUCACUUAAAUUUUACAUUAUCUUGCUUGUAUUUACUGUGUUUUUUUAAUAAAUUAUACAAUUACUAAAAAUUAGAAUAACAAUUCUAUGAAGAUUGCAAGCCAGUAAGCAUAGCUUCACUUCAAUGGAUAGUGAAACAAGUAAGUAGUUGCUUAAAAGUGUUAAAACUAAUAAUAGAGCCCUCUAGUAAGCAAGUUAUUAACUCAUUCCUUAUUUCUAAAUUUAUGAAAGCUUUCAUGUAUCAUCUCACCUUAACUUUUUGAAAUUAUGCUGAUAUAUAUCAUAUGUUAAUUUAAUUCGUUUAAAAAGGUUAACAUAAUAAUAUGAUUGUUUUUCUAAUUUCUUUGCAUUCAACAGUAUUGAAGGUAGCCUUCCAGGGUUUUUUUCUCUUUGCUGUUUUUUCACUGCUGCUCAGCUGGAUACUGCCAAAGCUGGGCGAACUUUUAACAAGCUGGAAGAUAUCAGGUAAUUUCUGUUCCAACCAAGUAAUAUAUAAAGUCAUAUUAACAGCUUGUAUGCUAAACUUCUGUAAGACGUCAGAUAGUUUGGCAGUGUUGAAGUGUAAAGUAAAAGUAAUAACUGUCAAAUAUUUUGGUGAUUUAAAUUAUUUUUUUUAUGCCUACAGGACAUGCAACGAAUAUAAAUCUAGAAGAUUCACAUAUAAAAGAGCAAUUUAAGACACAAGAAGUUGUGAAUCGACAGAGAAUUCAACAACAGUAUGACUCAAGGGUAAGUAGAAAUUUUGAAACAGCUGAAUUUGUGGAUAUUCAGAAUGUUUUAAAAUUACAGUUUCACAUUUAUUAUAGUAUUUGUGACUCUAAUGAAAUAAAUCAAUGUGAUUUAAAGGUAAUUCAAUAAAAUGAAGUUUUUGGGGUCCAAAGCAUUCAACUGUGUCAGAUGGGACAGAGUCAUCAUUGUGUUUUAUAUUCUAUUCUAAAAUUUAAACUGGUUUGGCCAAUAUUUUACACCAAAUGCCUUAAGCCACCAGGUCUGUGCUUAUCAUCCCAUUCUGUUGACACAAGUGUCCAGUUGCCAGAGUGUAAUUAAAGUUAAGACAUUUUGAAGAAGAAGAUACAAAAAUUGAUUGCUCAGUGCAAGACAUAAUAAUGACUUAUUUUUAGCUAGUAAUUGUUAUAUGAAUUCAACAAAGGAGACUGAAAUAUCCAUUUUUAAAAAUAUUUUUUAAUACUGAAUUUGCUCUUCUGGAAGUAGCUAGUGACCUGAUUUCAAUAUGUUUUGUGAUGUAUCUUAGGCAGCUGAGUAUAACCAGAACAUUUUACUGCCUCGUGAUGAAGAGAAAAGACGUAAGAAAGAAGAAGAAUUUUUAAGAUUCUUAGGUCCAACCUGGAAAGGAAAUGGAUUUUCACUGGGAGUAAGCAGAAUUGUAAAUUUGUAUUUUUGCUAAGAUUAAAAAGCAAAGGUAGAGUUACAAUUAGUAACUUUUUAAGAGCAGUCCAGAAAUUGUAAAAAAUGUUUCUUAUAUGCAGUUAUACCAAGUAUCAACUAAGAAAUGAAUUUUUUUAAAUGUAUGUGGGUUGCCCUAUGUUAUUUCCUCUGCCUUACAAUCAAGAGGUUUAAACUCAUUUAUCAUCAUCUCAGCUAUGGCCAUCAUCCUCAGUUAUGGGUCAUCCCCAGCUAUAGGCAUAUAGUUGCAUGAAAUGGACCUCUCAGCCCAUUCUAAUGGAGGAUAAAAUAAUAAGUAAAAAAAAAAACAACUCAACCACAAAAUUCACAUAAAACUAAUUUUUAAAAAUUUAAAACCUAAUGAAAUAACUUUUUUUUUUCUUGUUUUAAAUUUAAUAUAGAAGCUAUCAUUUUCUUUUCUUGCAUUCAAGCAAUCUUUUUUACCCUUUUAUAGAGUUGUCUGGCCCUUCAAUCAAUAGAGAAUAUAAUUUACUUUUUUUUUCUUUCUAAUUCAACUUUAAAUGCUAAGAAAAUAUUGUUUAAAUCCCAGGGUGGAGAUUCUGACCGAACUAAUGAAGACCUCAUGGCUUUACCUCAUAGCCGCAGAGCAGCACACCGAAGAAUAGUCCAAGAGAAUAUCAAUCAAGAAGUGGCUGCUGCAGCUGAAGCUGCUGCAAAAUACAAGAGGAGACCCAAACGAGUCAGAUAAUAUAGAAAUUUUCAUUAGUUAUUUCUAUCUUAACUAGUGUCCUAGAGUUAUGGAAAUUGCACAUUAUGAUUAAAUAGAGAUUAGUUAACCCAUUAUUAUUCAAGUAGGUUUUUAUUAUUAUUAAAUUCAGUUGCAAAUAUUUGGUUUGGUUGACAUAUAGAAAAUAUUAAUUGAAGAGUGGUACUUUAGAUGGGACUGAUGAAUUCAAAAAUCUAAUUUAAUCCUCACAGGUAAUCACACUGCCUGAAGAACCAGACCCUGAGGAGCUAGGUGUAAUUACAAUUUUGUUACGAACACCCAUUGGCACAACAUGCACAAGAAGGUUUUACUCUACUCAUCAAGUACAGGUAAUCCAUCACUUAACCAAAGAGUCUUUAGUAAAUUCAAUUGUAAAUUGAACACUAAAAGAUGUGACUCGAUGUCACCAAGAUAAUGAUGGUAAAUAGAGACCGACCGAAUUUCGGCUUUGGUUUCUGCGCCGAAAGUUGCCAUUUGAUCACUUUCGGCCUUUUUAUAACAUUCCUUUUGGGGCCGGUCACCCCGAAUUAGUUUGUUUCCUUAUUUGAGCUAUAAAAAUAAAAUUAACAACAAAUACUCCUACAUGAAUUGAUGGAUCUUGACCAAACUUAGUACACAUACACUUGAUUAUCCAUAUUCAAAUACCAUAGAGUACUGAACUCAUAAUAUUCAUUCUUCUGGGGCCAGGGGCCCCAUUUUCCUUAUGUACGCUAUAUCAAUAGGCUUAGACAACACUAUAGGUUCUAUGUGAAAUGAUGGAUAUAGGCCUAGCGUGGUAGCAAUACACAUCAUCGUCCUUAUUGAAAUAUCGGUGGAUUUUAAACUAAUAAUAUCCAAUCUAGAAUUGUCAAGAAGGCUCGAAAAUUUCAAAAAGCUAUAUCUAUGGCAUUUUUAAACCGAUUUUAACUGGAAAAAUUUUAAUUUUAACUUUAUUGUUUAUCUGACUGAUUUUUAUAGGGCCCCCUAUAUCAGGAAAAACUAAAUCAUUAGAUUUAUAGAAUGGGCCCUUGACGGGACCCUUCUAUCAACGUAAAUGUACUAUAGUUAUAGUUUGUGCAUGUAGUUGUGUAAUUUUUCGUAUUUAAAAAAAAAAAAAAGUAGAGAAAUCUUGAUCCUACUGGGAUCGUGAACCCCCCGGAAUUGGAAUCCACCGGAAAUGGGAUACCAAAAGGAUUGGGAUCCCACCGGGAUUGGGGUCCGACUGAGUAACUCGACCAUACCGGGAUUCAACUAAGAUCGGUAUCCAAUCUGGAUCAUGAACCCACCAGUAUUGGGAUCCCACUGGGAUCGGGAUCCCAUCGAGAUUGGAUACUGACAGGAUAAGGAUACCAAUGAGAUUAGGAUCCAAUCAGGAUCCCAUCAGAAAAUGGGGUUGGAUCGAGUAACGGGAUCCGAUUCGGAUCUCUCUGGGAGAAACUCACACCCCCAGACUUGGUAUUUUCCAAUGCCUGAGAAACUCACACCCCCAGACUUGGUAUUUUCCAAUGCCUGAGAAACUCACACCCCCAAAUUUAGUAUUUUCGAAUGCCCGAGAAACUCACACCCCCAAAUUUAGUAUUUUCCAAUGCCCGAGAAACUCACACCCCCAAAUUUAGUAUUUUCCAAUGCCCGAGAAACUCACACCCCCAAAUUUAGUAUUUUCCAAUGCCCGAGAAACUCACACCCCCAAAUUUAGUAUUUUCCAAUGCCCGAGAAACUCACACCCCCAAAUUUAGUAUUUUCCAAUGCCCGAGAAACUCACACCCCCAAAUUUAGUAUUUUCCAAUGCCCGAGAAACUCACACCCCCAAAUUUAGUAUUUUCCAAUGCCCGAGAAACUCACACCCCCAAAUUUAGUAUUUUCCAAUGCCCGAGAAACUCACACCCCCAAAUUUAGUAUUUUCCAAUGCCCGAGAAACUCACACCCCCAAAUUUAGUAUUUUCCAAUGCCCGAGAAACUCACACCCCCAAAUUUAGUAUUUUCCAAUGCCCGAGAAACUCACACCCCCAAAUUUAGUAUUUUCCAAUGCCCGAGAAACUCACACCCCCAAAUUUAGUAUUUUCCAAUGCCCGAGAAACUCACACCCCCAAAUUUAGUAUUUUCCAAUGCCCGAGAAACUCACACCCCCAAAUUUAGUAUUUUCCAAUGCCCGAGAAACUCACACCCCCAAAUUUAGUAUUUUCCAAUGCCCGAGAAACUCACACCCCCAAAUUUAGUAUUUUCCAAUGCCUGAGAAACUCACACCCCCAAAUUUAGUAUUUUCCAAUGCCCGAGAAACUCACACCCCCAAAUUUAGUAUUUUCCAAUGCCUGAGAAACUCACACCCCCAGACUUGGUAUUUUCUCCCAGCGAUAGAACAAACUAUACCUCAUUGAUUUAUAUUAAUUAGUGCACAUACGACUGUGGGUCUUGGUUCUAUCACAAAUCCCCUACAAGGUAGGAACAGACAUUUUUGGCAGUGCAUCCCAAAAUAUUCUUCCCAAAGUCACUUAUAUCUACAUAUUUAUGUAGACCAAAUCGCACAAUUUCUGUAAACAAACACAUCUUGUGCAACAUUUGGUUGGGUUUAGAAUAUGGAGAAUGAAUUCAGAAUUUUUAAUCUAGUUGAAUGUGCUUGAGUUGACUGUUGUUGGAAGUAUGAAUCAUGCAGAAAUAAAAUAGCUGCAUUUGAAGAUGAUGUAAUAUUGUGGCGAUUCUGAAUCAUUCAUGCUGUUUCACUAAAUAGUUAGGCUUGUGUUGUGUAGGGGCGCAGUGGUUAGGCUGUACGCCUCGUUAAAUGAUUUUGAAAUUCUUUUUGCCAUAGUGAGGAUUUUAUGCAUUUCGCAUUUUACAUUGUAUUUGUAUAAUCACAUUCUUCGAUAUAAACAUAUUCAUUUAAACCUUUUGAAAAUUAAAUAAUCGAGAAUUUAUUCCAUUUUAAAGCUAGAGGAUGACGUCUGCGUUAAUAAACGUAUUUUGGGGAAUAGACAAAAAAGUUCACACGAUCCCUGCUUUACAAGAUGUACGCACACACUUCGACAUAGCAUACGGGUUUGGGAUGCAUCACUCAUUUCUUGACCAUAUUAAAAAGAAACCCAAGGCAAAAUGAGUACAGCAACUCUGGUCUCACACUCAGCCCUGGCCAGCUGAAAUAUCUCAAAUUUAAUCAGUAUCGGCUUUCAAAGCAAGAAAAAAGGUAUCAUUACAUUUUAAGUUGUGCAAACAAGCCCAGAGAUACUUGACAUAUAAUCUAGGAAUCGGCUAAAUUUCGCAUAAGGACUACGUUUAAACAGUCUAAAACGAUUCCAUCGCCGCUGUUCGAUUUGAUCUGGGAUAUCGAUACCCUCUAAUGACAAUGAUAUCGUUUGGAGUGUCUCCGAAGCAAAAUAUUCAGGUCAUAUAUUUCUCUGUGAGUCUUUUAUUUUAAGGGAGAAGGGGGUUGCAUGGAUUUGUUCACUUCUGAAUCUGUUUAAAAUAUGAACAAAUUUACUAUGAAAAUUAACUAUUUUUUUUUAAUAAGGAAAAAGGGGAGGGGAGGGUGGUUUACGCAUCCCCCUUCUUGAUUUGUUUUCUGCUUACACAUGUAUGUAUCAAGGUAUGUCACAACUUACACAUGUAUGUACGAAGGUAUGUCACAACUUACACAUGUAUGUAUGAAGGUAUAUCACAAAACUAAUAAUUCCCCCAUGAAAUGUAUGGACAAAUAACUUUGGAAUAACCACGCCAAACUGGCGCUGCACCAACAUAUUAAACAUUGUCAAUAAAAAAUGCCGUCAUUUCUUAAAUCCUGAUGACUUGUGACACCAAGCCACGCAGGCCACAUGGGACAAAAAAGUCCUGGCCUACCGCAUGACUUAUUGGGUUGUUUCGCUUAAGAGCUGUUAGACUUGCCUUUGUCCACCUGAGGCCGGUAUGAACUGCCUGCUCACACAUCUCACCGCAUUUACUAAAGCCGUUUCAUUAUUAAUCUAUUCACUGCAAUUCCGAAGUGGGACUGAUUUCUACACAAAAAUUAUAUUAUACAAACAAGAGGUUUUUAUUUUGUUGCGUGUAUUUUAAAAUGACUUUAAAAAGUCCCCCAGUGUUAUUAUGCACAGACCUUGCUGAACUACACACACAAUAAAAGAUGUAAUGCGUUUACUCACUGAAGAGUGUCCAAAUAAUUAAAUGGAAAACAUAUCACGUUGUGGGCAAGAUUGCAUUAUUUCCAUCAAAUGUUAGCUCUAAAUAAUAAUCGGAAGUAAAUUAAAUAUGUCGCCAAUGUAUAAGUGGCCAAUAUCAUCAUUCUUAACCAUGACUUGCAAUACAUUAUAAUCUCUGACUUAUGUUAUAAAUCUAAAAGCUGACUUACGAUAUAAAUCUAACCCAUGACUUACUAUAUAAUUCUGACCCAUGACUUAUGAUGUAAAUCUAACCCUUGACUUAUGAUAUAAAUAAACCAUAACUUAUGAUAUAAAUCUAACCUGUGACUUACUAUAUAAAUCUAACCAUUUUCUUACUAUAUAUAUCUAAACUAUCACUUACUAUAUAAAUCUAACCUGUGACGUACUAUAUAAAUCUAACCCGUGACUUACUAUAUAAAUCUAACCCGUGACUUACUAUACAAAUCUAACCCGUGACUUACUAUAUAAGUCUAACCCGUGACUUACUAUAUAAAUCUAACCCGUGACUUACUAUAUAAAUCUAACCCGUGACUUACUAUAUAAAUCUAACCCAUGACUUGCAACGCGUUCUGAUCUGAAGAUAAACCAGAAGUGCUAGGAAACUAGAGUUGCCCUUCCUUCGUUAUUAUGGUCGACCUACUCGCAGAAUUUACAAGGUGAAAGAUGUCAAAUAUAAAAAAUAAAACAUCACGCAAGUUAGUAGUUAGUGAAUGAUGUCAAAUAUAAAACAUGAACACCACGCUAGUUGGUGAAUGAUGUCAAAUAUAAAACAUGAACACCACGCUAGUUGGUGAAUGAUGUCAAAUAUAAAACAUGAACAUCACGCACCACCAAGAAAUCGAUACACACCAAAGAGAAAUAAAUACAUUUGCCCCUGUAUGCUCUAUUAAGUGGAGCGUUUCCGCAAAGCUCCAGUAUAUGGAGAGUGUUUGCCGUGCUUUAGUAUGUGGAGCGUCUUUGUCAUGCUUCAGCAUGUGCAGCGUCUCUGUCAUGCUCCGGUAUGUGUAGCGUCUCUGUCAUGCUCCAGUAUGUGGAGCGUCUCUGUCAUGCUCCAGUAUGUGAGGCGUCUCUGUCAUGCUCCAGUCAGAGGCGUAGCGAGAGUGUUUGGUGCCUGGGGACACGAUUCGCGCCCGGGGACAAGAUCCAUUUUAAAGCGCCCCUUUUUCUUUUUUUCAACUCUCAAACCCAUUAUUUUCAUCAAUAAAAUAAUAUCAAAGCACAUUUUGGCGCCCCUAACUAGCUGGCGCCCGGGGACAUCUGUCCCCCCUGCCCCCCUCGCUACGCCCCUGGCUCCAGUAUGUGGAGCGUCUCUGUCAUGCUCCAGUAUGUAAAGCGUCUCUGUCAUGCUCAGUAUGUGGAGCGUCGCUGUCAUGUGCUCCAGUAUGUGGAGCGCCUCUGUCAUGCUCAGUAUGUGGAGCGCCUCUGUCAUGUGCUCCAGUAUGUGGAGCGUCUUUGUCAUGCUCCAGUAUGUGGAGCGUCUCUGUCAUGUGCUCCAGUAUGUGGAGCGUCUUUGUCAUGCUCCAGUAUGUGGAGCGUCUCUGUCAUGUUCAUAUACGUGUAUCAAAAAAAUAAUUGUCAUGCUCUGUUACAGAUGAGAAUGUAUGAAUGAAAUGGAGGGAAUAUAUGUAUGGUAUGGAUGGAAUAUAUGCAUGCUAUGGAUGGAAUAUAUGUAUGGUAUGGACGGACUAUAUGCAUAGUAUGGACGGAAUAUAUGUAUGGUAUGGAUUGAAUAUAUGCAUGGUAUGGAUGGAAUAUAUGUAUGGUAUGGACAGAAUAUAUGUAUGGUAUGGAUUGAAUAUAUGCAUGGUAUGGAUGGAAUAUAUGCAUGGUAUGGACGACUAUAUGUAUAGUAUGGACGGACUAUAUGUAUGGUUUGGACAGACUAUAUGUAUGGUAUGGACGGACUAUAUGUAUGGUAUGGACGGACAAUAUGUAUGGUAUGGACGGACUAUAUGUAUGGUAUGGACGGACUAUAUGUAUGGUAUGGACGGACUAUAUGUAUGGUAUGGACGGACUAUAUGUAUGGUAUGGACGAACUGUAUGUAUGGUAUGGACGGACUAUAUGUAUGGUAUGGACGGACUAUAUGUAUGGUAUGGACGGACUAUAUGUAUGGUAUGGACGGACUAUAUGUAUGGUAUGGACGUACUAUAUGUAUGGUAUGGACGGACUAUAUGUAUGGUAUGGACGGACUAUAUGUAUGGUAUGGACGGACUAUAUGUAUGGUAUGGACGGACUAUAUGUAUGGUUUGGACGGACUAUAUGUAUGGUAUGGACGGACUAUAUGUAUGGUAUGGACGGACUAUAUGUAUGGUAUGGACGGACUAUAUUUAGGUAUGGACGGACUAUAUGUAUGGUAUGGACGGACUAUAUGUAUGGUAUGGACGGACUAUAUGUAUGGUAUGGGUGCCAAUAAAAAAAAAACCUUUUAAAUUAGUCACCAUGUCAUUCCUUUUUUUUUCUCCCUUCCGCAUUUCGUCACCGCUCCUGCCAUAUGUUUGUUUGUUAUUGUUUGCCUGUUAUUGUUUGUCUGUUAUUGUUCACCUGUUAUUGUUUGUUAGUUAUUGUUUGUUAUUCUUCGCGAUACAAAUCUAUAUUUGACCUAUUGUAAUUUUUGUCCUACAACGCUAAAUCAUGGGGCCUAAGACAGGCUGCAAAAUUGAAAUCAAUCGUUCUGAUGGUAUAAUAACUAUCUUUAUAUGUUGUUAAGCUCUUUCACUUAGUGAGAUGGGUGACAUAAAACAUCUGCAGGAGCUAGGGUGGGGAAUGGGGCAAAAAGGUUGGAAAACAUUGCUUUAAAACAGCGAUUCUCGACCUGUGUGUCACGAACCCCUUCCAUAUAGAGGUCGCCUAAGACCAUAGGAAAAGACAUAUUUAUGAAGUAGCAACAAAAAUAAUUUUAUGGUUUGGGGGUCACCACAACAUGAGGAACUGUAUUAAAGGUUCGCGGCAUUAGGAGGCUGAGAACCACUGAUCUAAAAAGGCAUAUGUUUACGCCAUUGAAAAAAAAAUUGAAGUAGUGAAUAUGUAUUCAUUUUACCUCUUUCAUUAAACAUUCUAUAGAAGCCGCUUUAUCUGUACAAAUCUGAUAGAAUGUUUUUCUUAAUUUAAUAGUACAUAAUUUGCAGCAUCAGCUAUUUCAUCACGUGCUACAAUGGCACAGUGUCUUUGGUCAGCUAAACCUUCUGACAGUUAACGCUAGGCGAAUCCCUUGAAAUGUCAACACUGCUAAUGAUAGUCUGAAUAUAGAUAAAUUUUGCGUGACAAUUUGAUUGGCAUGGCCGCACACUUUGCGAGUUUCGGCGCAUCGGUUGGGAAGCAAUGCGGUUGAUUCUUUGCUUCAGUUUGCUCCCCAAACAGAUGCAACGCUAUCAUGUGAUGAUGCUAGGAUAACACGACCCCAAGAUUUAACGUGAUCCGUAAUUCCCAAUGUCACACAAGGGAUACUCAUCACGUGACACCUAGGGUGAACGUGAUCUGUUAUCGUACUGCAAUUAAGUUCAUUUUUUUUUUUAAUUUAAAAAAAAAAAAAAUAACUACUCGCACAAGUUUUCUUAAAUUAGAUAUUGUUUCGUGGAAAUAGAUCCCUUUGAAUGAAUUUUUGCGGCAAAAGUUUUGAUCAUGACGACGGGGUAGUUGGUCAAUGAAACAAUUCUUGACAUAAUACGCUAAAGGGGAGUAUUAUUUUUACCAAGUUUUGUGUAUCUAAUGUUGCAAUCCAAUCAUCGCCUUUUUUUUUUUUUAACGGUAAAGACACGCCACGAACAAGCAGCGGUAUGCCUGUGAUGCACGGAUCUAAGCUUGGAAACAUCAGAGGGAGUCUUGGUGACAGCUGAUUCAUUGCGACCUUGAACUGCGCAUGUCAUCCUCCAUCUUAUUAAAUUGUGAAAAACAUUCCCACACGCAAGUCACAAUGAACACAUGCGGUGUAAGAAAACAUGUGUUUAAACAUGUGUUUACUGAACUUUAAACGUGAGUCCGCUGGGGUAAGGUCAUCCGACCGAAUAAGUGCGGGUACGACCGAAUUAUCCACAGGGCGAUGGCUUGGGAACGUGCCCUGGACACACCGGUGACUACCAUUGGUCCUGACCAAGACAGGUUUUGUUUUCGCGAGCAGUCCUGCCGAACAAGACAGCGGCAAACAAGCAAAAACCAUUAAGUCACUCGCAGUAGAGAGACAGCUGCACCAACAGAUUUUACAGCAAGAUUGCACCAACUGAUUUUACAGCAAGAUUGCACCAACUGAUUUUACAGCAAGAUUGCACCAACAGAUUUUACAGCAAGAUUGCACCAACUGAUUUUACAGCUAGAUUGCACCAACUGAUUUUACAGCAAGAUUGCACCAACAGAUUUUACAGCUAGAUUGCACCAACUGAUUUUACAGCUAGAUUGCACCAACAGAUUUUACAGCAAGAUUGCACCAACUGAUUUUACAGCAAGAUUGCACCAACAGAUUUUACAGCUAGAUUGCACCAACAGAUUUUACAGCAAGAUUGCACCAACAGAUUUUACAGCUAGAUUGCACCAACAGAUUUUACAGCAAGAUUGCACCAACAGAUUUUACAGCAAGAUUGCACCAACAGAUUUUACAGCAAGAUUGCACCAACAGAUUUUACAGCAAGAUUGCACCAACAGAUUAUACAGCAAGAUUGCACCAACAGAUUUUACAGCUAGAUUGCACCAACUGAUUUUACAGCAAGAUUGCACCAACAGAUUUUACAGCUAGAUUGCACCAACUGAUUUUACAGCAAGAUUGCACCAACAGAUUUUACAGCAAGAUUGCACCAACAGAUUUUACAGCAAGAUUGCACCAACUGAUUUUACAGCAAGAUUGCACCAACAGAUUUUACAGCAAGAUUGCACCAACAGAUUGUACAGAAAUAUUGCACCAACUGAUUAUACAGCAAGAUUGCACCAACAGAUUUUACAGCAAGAUUGCACCAACUGAUUAUACAGCAAGAUUGCACCAACAGAUUUUACAGCAAGAUUGCACCAACUGAUUUUACAGAAAUAUUGCACCAACUGAUUUUACAGCAAGAUUGCACCAACUGAUUUUACAGCAAUAUUGCACCAACUGAUUUUACAGCUAGAUUGCACCAACUGAUUUUACAGCAAGAUUGCACCAACAGAUUUUACAGAAAUAUUGCACCAUCUGAUUUUACAGCAAUAUUGCACCAUCUGAUUUUACAGCAAGAUUGCACCAACAGAUUUUACAGAAAUAUUGCACCAACUGAUUUUACAGCUAGAUUGCACCAACUGAUUUUACAGCAAGAUUGCACCAACUGAUUUUACAGAAAUAUUGCACCAAUUGAGUUUUCAGUAAGAUUGCACCAACUGAUUUUAUAGCAAGAUUGCACCAACAGAUUUUACAGCAAGAUUGCACCAACAGAUUUUACAGCAAGAUUGCACCAACAGAUUUUACAGCAAGAUUGCACCAAUAGAUUUUACAGCAAGAUUGCAGUGUAGUUUAACAAUAUCAUGUUUCAUUGUUUUGAAAAUAUAUCUAUACAUAUAGAGAAAUUUAAAUGUUAGGCUAACUAUAAAGGUUAAAUAUAUGGCCUAAGUUAACUAGAAAGUUCUAAGAAAGGUUAAAUAUAUACUAUAUAUAUAGCCUAAGUUCACUAGAAAGGGUUAAUGUUUAACCAAAGUCAACAAGAAAGGUUAAAUAUAUGGCCUAAGUUAACUAGAAAGGUUAAAUAUAUAGCCUAAGUUCACUAGAAAGGGUAAAUGUUUAACCAAAGUUAACUAGUAAGGGUAAAUGUUUAACCAAAGUUAACUAGUAAGGGUAAAUGUUUAACCAAAGUUAACUAGUAAGGGUAAAUGUUUAACCAAAGUUAACUAGUAAGGGUAAAUGUUUAGCCAAAGUUAACUAGUAAUGGUAAAAGUUAAACCUAAGUUAACUAGUAAGGGUAAAUGUUUAACCAAAGUUAACUAGUAAGGGUAAAUGUUUAACCUAAGUUAACUAGUAAGGGUAAAUGUUUAACCUAAGUUCACUAGACAGGUUAAAUGUUUAACCUAAGUUAACUAGAAGGUAAACGCGGGAAGCGAGAUUUAAAAAGCACUUGUAAAAUCGCCGGGACAGCGUAUUCAGAAGGUCAAGGUCAUGUCUUGUAAUGGACGAUAUGACCACUCUAAAUUAGUCGAGGUCAUGUCUUGUAAUGGACGAUAUGACCUUUCUAAAUUAGUCAAUGCGAUGUCUUGUAAUGGACGAUAUGACCACUCUAAAUUAGUCAAGGUGAUGUCUUGUAAUGGACGAUAUGACCACUCUAAAUUAGUCAAUGCGAUGUCUUGUAAUGGACGAUAUGACCACUCUAAAUUAGUCAAUGUGAUGUCUUGUAAUGGACGAUAUGACCACUCUAAAUUAGUCAAUGCGAUGUCUUGUAAUGGACGAUAUGACCACUCUAAAUUAGUCAAUGUGAUGUCUUGUAAUGGACGAUAUGAACACUCUAAGGUGCCCAAGUGAAGUCUUCAGAUGGAUAACAUAACCACUCUAUUGUUAGUUUCCAUCCGAAAGGGUCUAACUACAUGGCUACAUGACCACUCUAUCGUCAGUUUCUCAGUGUUCAUAAAAGUGUAUUUGUCCUGGUUUUUUUGUUUUUGUUUUUUUUUUACUGGGGAAGGUGUGCGGACACAAUGACCCAACUUGACGGGGUACAGCAAAUGUGUUGUCAGUAUAGAAAGUACAGGGCAUAUGUUCUCUAGAGGGUCACAUUACAAAGUAUCUUCAAGGUGGAGCUUUGCCAAGCGGUCAGAGGAGCUCAAGAUUCCCUUUAUCCACAUGAUGGUCUGUUGUAGUUGCAGAGAUCAACAACUUUGGUGACAAGUCGGGAUAAUAUUAAUAAUGUGGUCUUUUGACAGGACGGGAUAAUAGUCUGUCUUUUGGUGACAAGUCGGGAUAAUAGUCUGGUCUUUUGGUGACAAGUCGGGAUAAUAGUGUGGUCUUUUGGUGACAGGUCGGGAUAAUAGUGUGGUCUUUUGGUGACAGGUCGGGAUAAUAGUGUGGUCUUUUUGACAGGUCGGGAUAAUAAUGUGGUCUUUUGGUGACAGGUCGGGAUAAUAGUGUGGUCUUUUGGUGACAGGUCAUGAUAAUAGAGUGUUCUUUUUGGUGACUGGUCGGGAUAAUAGUGUGGUCUUUUUGUGACAAGUCGGGAUAAUAGUGUGGUCUUUUGGUGACAUGUCGGGAUAAUAGUCUGGUCUUUUGGUGACAAGUCGGGAUAAUAGUCUGGUCUUUUGGUGACAUGUCGGGAUAAUAGUCUGGUCUUUUGGUGACAAGUCGGGAUAAUAGUCUGGUCUUUUGUUGACAUGUUGGGAUAAUAGUCUGGUCUUUUGGUGACUAGUCGGGAUAAUAGUGUGGUCUUUCGGUGACUGUACGGUAUAUUAGUGUGGUCUUUCGGUGACAAGUCGGGAUAAUAGUCUGGUCUUUUGGUGACAUGUCGGGAUAAUAGUCUGGUCUUUUGGUGACAGGACGGGAUAAUAGUGUGGUCUUUCGGUGACUGGACGGUAUAAUAGUGUGGUCUUUCGGUGACAGGUCGGGAUAAUAGUCUGGUCUUUUGGUGACAGGUCGGGAUAAUAGUCUGGUCUUUUAGUGACAGGUCGGGAUAAUAGUCUGGUCUUUUUGUGAAAGGACGGGAUAAUAUUGUGGUCUUUCAGUAACAGGUCGGGAUAAUAGUGUUGUCUUUUGGUGACUGGACGGAAUAAUAGUGUCGUCUUUCGGUGACUGGUCGGGAUAAUAGUGUGGUCUUUCGGUGACAGGUCGGGAUAAUAGUGUGGUCUUUCGGUGACAGGUCGGGAUAAUAGUGUGGUCUUUCGGUGACAGGUCGGGAUAAUAGUGUGGUCUUUCGGUGACAGGUCGGGAUAAUAGUGUGGUCUUUUGUGACAGGACGGAAUAAUAGUGUCGUCUUUCGGUGACUGGUCGGGAUAAUAGUGUGGUUUUUUAGUGACAGGUCGGGAUAAUAGUGUGGUCUUUUUGUGACUGGUCGGGAUAAUAGUGUGGUCUUUCGGUGACAGGUCGGGAUAAUAGUGGGGUCUUUUAGUGACAGGUCGGGAUAAUAAUGUGGUCUUUUGGUGACAGGUCGGGAUAAUAGUGUGGUCUUUCAAUGACAGGUCGGGAUAAUAGUGUGGUCUUUUAGUGACAGGUCGGGAUAAUAGUGUGGUCUUUUAGUGACAGGUCGGGAUAAUAGUGUGGUCUUUUAGUGACAGGUCGGGAUAAUAGUGUGGUCUUUUUGUGACUGGUCGGGAUAAUAGUGUGGUCUUUUAGUGACAGGUCGGGAUAAUAGUGAGGUCUUUCGGUGACAGGUCGGGAUAAUAGUGUGGUCUUUUAGUGACAGGUCGGGAUAAUAGUGUGGUCUUUUAGUGACAGGUCAGGAUAAUAGUGUGGUCUUUUGGUGACAGGUCGGGAUAUUAGAGUGUUCUUUUUGGUGACUUUGUGUUGUUUUUGACCUAAUAUUCAAUUUAAAAAUUUAACUUUGUCAUGAUAAAGGACCAAGUAGGCAUUAUAGAAUUUAGCCAAUUAGAGCUCCACGAUCUCAUUUUAAUAAUAAUAAUAAGAGCAGUGCUUGAUAGUAAAAUUAAAUUCUGCUUUGCGUCUUAGAGGCCCGAAUAUGCCGCCAGCCCCCCCCCUACAUAAAGAACACAUUGCUGCCAGGGGCAAACCGCCCUGACCCCGGCCUCCCUUCCUCCUACGCCAUCCAUAUUGCUUCCUGUUAUUCACUGUGGAUUAGUACGGCCUUGUUGUCAUAUGUUGUCUCCUUUGCUUUCACUUACAAUGGAACAGAGGGCAAUCUGGUUUUAUUUACAGUGGAACUUGGUUAAGUCGACGGCCUUGGGGUUUGCCAAAAAAAGCGUUAUUUACAGUAGAACUCGGUUAUGUCGACGGCCUUGGAGUUUGCCAAAAAAGCGUUAUUUACAGUGGAACUCGGUUAUGUCGACGGCCUUAGGGUUUGCCAAUAAGCGUCGAGAUAACCGAUGAUCGAGAUAAACGAAAACCAGUAUGGCGGGAAUAUUAUUAACAUGUGCUUGAAAUUUCUUACGAUGUGCGUUUAUAAAUGAGAAUGUACAUGCACGUGUUUUUGGAGUUGUUUUUUUUUUUUUACACAGCAGCGUUACCGUACAGCGAUUGGUUCAAUGAAGCGAUCGGCCUGCUUUAAAAUGUACAUACAUGUUUGCUAACAACACAAGGCAUAUGUGGGCUGCCACUUUUCCGGAUUAUCCCGGAAUUCCGGAUUCGUAAGGCUAAAUAUUUUCAGCUAGGGAUCGGAUCCGCUAGUUUUUUUAUUUUCUCUCGGUCCGGUUUCGCUGGUUCAGUUGAUUCAAAUACGGAUUCUGGGUUUAACAAAAUAAAUAAAUAAAUCAACGUCUGAGAGCGCUUGAUGAAAGCCUAUUGAUUUAAUAAGCGACAAGCGGGUUCGCUAUAAAUAGAACAGGUACUGCGACCUCGCCUCUCUCUUUUGUUUGCAAGCCUCUCACUCCUCGCUUCUUGCUGUGUCAAGUUAAUUGCGCGGACAGCGAUAUUGUCAUUUCACUUCAAUCACUACAGUUGGAAUUUGGCACGUUUCUGUUGUAUAUAAUUUUCAAAAGCCGGCGAUUGGUCAUGGGGAUCGAGGUAACCGAGGUUAAGUGGCAAAUUUGGCCGCCUUUUGUGUUCGAGAUAUCAGGGUUCGGCGACAUAAAAGAAUCGAAAUAACCGAGGAGAAAAUGCUAAGACAAAGAGAAUUUGAAACAUUUGUGUGAUGUCUGUUUAACAUACAUUAGUUGUAUCAACGAUGGGGAAAUGGCAAUGCAAUGCCCCGAACACUCACCAAGUGUGCGACCUAUCUGCCAGGGAACAGCACAUACCCACUUUGACAGGUCCCAAACAAAAGGAACUGGCCUAUCCCCUGGUGCGACCUAUCUGCCAGGGAACAGCACAUACCCACUUUGACAGGUCCCAAACAAAAGGAACUGGCCUAUCCCCUGGUGCGACCUAUCCUUUGGUGCGACCUAUCCCUGAUGCGGCAUAUCCACCGGUCUGACUUAUCCACUGUUGCGACCUAUCUUCUGAUGCGGCAUAUCCACCGGUCUGGAUUAUCCACUGGUGCGACCUAUCCAUUGUUGCGAUUUAUCCACUGUUGCGACCUAUCCCCUGAUGCGACCUAUCCGCUGGUGCGACCUAUCCACUGGUGUGACCUAUCCCCUGGUGCGACCUGUCCACUAGCGUGACCUAUAGGCGAGUAUAUAUAAACGGUAUACCGAAUGUUUCCUCUCUUAUUUGAUUUGAAAUUUCAUAUUAUUCUUAUAAUCGGUACUUGCGUUCAAUCUAUUUCCAAAUUAUUUUUGCCCCCAACUUUUCCAACCACCCUGAAAUACCACGAGAAAGAUGCACCAUGGUCGCGAGUAUUUGUCCCCUUUUUUUUUUUUUCUUGACAAUCUAGUCCUAGACUUUGAUAUAACUUUAUUGAGACCGCGAUGAGCAGCGUUCGAUCACAUUACGGGAACAUGUGGCUUUCACUCUGGUAUUUUCUUGAGUAUUUGUCCCCUUUUUUUUUUUUUCUUGACAAUCUAGUCCUAGACUUUGAUAUAACUUUAUUGAGACCGCGAUGAGCAGCGUUCGAUCACAUUACGGGAACAUGUGGCUUUCACUCUGGUAUCUUCUGAACCCUCCUCUCCCCCCCCCCCCAAAUUCCCUUGCCAGAUAAUACGGUGCAAUGGCCAAGUUGGCUUACUCAAACAACAACAACAACAACAACACCUACACACAAAGAGGACCAACACAAGAUUAAAUAUUAUACCAGUGGAUCUCAAACUGUUAUUAUUAUCAUUUUUAAAAAAAAUAUAUUCUUUAUUUUUGUUUUUGUUAGUUGUUGUAAUCACAGAACAUUUAUAUUGCUUUUAAUUCGUAAUUUAAACAUUGACAAAUACUUAACAAACAAAAAAUGUCACGAGAAACUUCGCAUGGCGUAGGAGAAAAUUUAGAAAAAAAAGGACGGGUGGGGAACAAAAUCGUGCAAAAAAGACCACUGAGCGCCUUUUGCUUUUAUAAUAUAAUUACAACCUAGAACAUAUGCCUAAAAUAAUUACUGUGGCUCUAAUAGAGCCAAUUGUCAACUAAAUAUUAGUUAUUACGGCUAUAAAAAUAUCACCCCAAUGUUUCGCAGUUAAUGCUUAAUUAAUAUUUAAACUAAUUUUAACUUAAAUUGUUAUAAGCCAAAGUAUUCAUUUGAUUAGGGGUCUCAAACUCAAAUCAUCCGGUGGCCACCGUAGGCAGAGUCUGAUUGAGACUGGGCCGCAUCAAAUACUCCACAGAAAAUAAUAAUAAUAAAGUUCAUUUCAAAAACACGCUUCAUCCCCAAAGGCUCGAAGCGCGGUACAAAGUCAACAAAAAACAAAUCUAUAAUUUACCACAUUUAAAACAAACGCAACACUACAAAAAAAAACCGAUUACAAAUUCAUUUAAGUACAAUCUGCUCAGCCAUUAUAAAUAACAAAUAAAAAUGAAGAUCAAUCUGCUCCAUUUGAAGCGCAAAAAAAAAAAUAAUAAAAAAAUAAAAAAAGUAAAGUUUGGUGGGCAUCGUCCACAUUAAAAGAGAAAAGCUGAAAAGUGGCUGUGUGUGUUUUGAAUUCUAAAAAAUGUGAUCAAAUUCCUCCUGUAGCUUUGCAAUGGCAUUAGUAUACUUAUUACUGCCCAAGUCCAUGAGUACUUCAGAUGUUGGGAAAUGACAGAGGUUUCUCUAAGAACCAUAACACAAGUUUUGAUCAGAAUGCCCUGACAUUGUCAUAGCCAACACAGACAAGCUACCCCUCGUCUUGUAACUACUUGUUAAGUACAUUCAGCUCCUGUGUAAUGUAAACAAGAAAAGCCAAGUCCAUGAACCAUUUGUGAUCACUUAGUACAGGAACAACCACCCCCACCCCAUCCGUCUCCAUGAAAGCUUUAAAUGCUAAAACGUGUUCAAACAGUAGGCAGGAGCAGGCCAUAUUUAUAAAUUAUUGAUGCGAAGGUAAAAAGCUAUUGUAGGGAGAAUGAAUAUUGGUUUGUUAUCGUAGAAAAGGCCUUUUUGACUAACCCUAUUUUGAAAGUGACCAAGCUGAGAGCCUCGGAAUUUCCCUCACUCGUAAACACUAGCGGCAAUUUUAAUAGUGAUUCUUUGAUACUGUGUCACAUUGCUACCAUUUACACAAUUAUGGUUGUGCAUUACCCACCAAUUGUCUUUUAAAACUUUUCUCAAAAACGCACUCAUGCCAUGUUUGUCUCAGAAAAUGCUAUAAAAUAAAAACUUUUAGUCCGAUUUUAAAACGGUACGUACCAUUAUUAUCAAAAUACAAAUAUAUACAACCAUAAUAAAAAUGAGAAUUAGACUAAUUGGUAAGAUUCGACUGAAACCGCCUCGGAGGGUCACUUUAUAGAUAUGAGAAUUGGGGAAUAAGCGCUAGCAAAAUUAAGACUAAACUUUGAUGUCAUGUAGCGGACCGCAACAUAUCGUCUUGUGACCGCAAAUGGCCCGCAGGCCGUGAGUUUGAGACCCCUACAUUAGAUGUUUAAUUAUUAAUAUUGUCGAUGAUCUCAUUUUUGAUGAAGAGAAUGUAAAUAUUGAUACUUUCUCCCCAUCAUUUUCGAUGUAUCCAACUUUCAUUCACAUAUUAAGUAAGUCAUUUUAAACCUUCGGCCAAGUUUCGGUUUCGGCCGAAAUCAGAAAAUCACUUUCGGUCGGUCUCUAAUGGUAGACAUUUUGCGACACUUUCUAAAUGCUGUUUUGAAGUCUCAACAUUUAACAAUGACAUUUUUACUUAGAUACCUGAAUUGAGUUUUAAUGUUUGGUAUCUUCAAAAAAAAACAACAAAAACAACAACAAAACACCCAAAAAACACUCACACUAAAAACAAAAAAGUGUAGCAAUAUUCCACACCCUUGAAAAGUAUAGCAAUAUUCCACAGCCUUGAAAAGUAUAGCAAUAUUCCACACCCUUGAAAAGUAUAGCAAUAUUCCACACCCUUGAAAAUGAUAGCAAUAUUCCACAGCCUUGAAAAGUAUAGCAAUAUUCCACACCCUUGAAAAGUAUAGCAAUAUUCCACACCCUUGAAAAGUAUAGCAAUAUUCCACAGCCUUGAAAAGUAUAGCAAUAUUCCACAGCCUUGAAAAGUAUAGCAAUAUUCCACACCCUUGAAAAGUAUAGCAAUAUUCCACACCCUUGAAAAGUAUAGCAAUAUUCCACAGCCUUGAAAAGUAUAGCAAUAUUCCACACCCUUGAAAAGUAUAGCAAUAUUCCACACCCUUAAAAAGUAUAGCAAUAUUCCACAGCCUUGAAAAGUAUAGCAAUAUUCCACACCCUUGAAAAGUAUAGCAAUAUUCCACACCCUUGAAAAGUAUAGCAAUAUUCCACACCCUUGAAAAGUAUAGCAAUAUUCCACACCCUUGAAAAGUAUAGCAAUAUUCCACACCCUUGAAAAGUAUAGCAAUAUUCCACACCCUUGAAAAGUAUAGCAAUAUUCCACACCCUUGAAAAGUAUAGCAAUAUUCCACACCCUUGAAAAGUAUAGCAAUAUUCCACACCCUUGAAAAGUAUAGCAAUAUUCCACACCCUUGAAAAGUAUAGCAAUAUUCCACACCCUUGAAAAGUAUAGCAAUAUUCCACACCCUUGAAAAGUAUAGCAAUAUUCCACACCCUUGAAAAGUAUAGCAAUAUUCCACACCCUUGAAAAGUAUAGCAAUAUUCCACACCCUUGAAAAGUAUAUUUAGGAAAUAGUUAAAGUGACUUUCCUUGUUUUACAAAGAAGUAGCUAUUUUAUUGAUGUUUAUAUUUCUAACAUCGUUUAGUUUUGAGAAAUAUUUAUAUGCCCAACCAACCCUUUUCGUGUACCUAAACUACAAAAAAGAAAAAUGCAUUUUUUUCAAACAAAAAAAUUAGAAUCACGUGCUUAGAUUUACAACCAAAAAAAAAAUCUUUAUAACAUUAAUGGACUUUGAUAUAUUUUUAUCUUCAUUAAACAUUUAAGCAAACUUUUGCCUGGCUUCUCUAUGUAAUCAGAAAAUCGUCAAACACGGAAUUCUUAUAUUUAAAGAAGAAUCUCUUAACCAAUUUUAACAUUUGUAACAGCCUUGAGUUGUUGGUGGGUUUUUUUGUUUUUUCAAAACAUUAUUAGUCUCAUAAAAAACGUACUCCCACUUUUCCAUGAACUUUAUUUCUCGCAAAGUGGAAACAAAAGAUAUGUUUUCAUAUUUGGUAAAUGAUUAGAGAUCGUCCCGCGUUGGCCGCCGUCUUGGUUGACACAACCAGUUAAUCCUGUCACUAAAUGUAUCCCUUACCCUAACCUGAAUCCUAAAAAUGGAUCUCUUAACCCAGGGGUCGGGAACCUAUGGCUUGCGAGCCAGAUGUGGCUCUAUUGAUGGCUGCAUCUGGCUCGCAGACAAAUGUUCGAUUAUUAAAAAAAGACGCAUUAAUGGUAAGAAAUACUCAUUAUUGAUUAGCAACAGCAAGACAAUGUUAUUAAAAAGAAUUCAGAGACAUAAUUAUUGCAUUUUUAGUGUUGAAAUUACACAAAAUGCACACAUUUUACUUGAAUUUUUAGUUUUAAACACAAUGCAUGGCUCUCACAGAGUUACUUUUCAAAAUAUGUGGUGUCCAUGGCUCUCUCAGACAAAAAGGUUCCAGACUCCUGCCUUAACCUAACCUAAACCUUAAUUCACUGCAACUAUGAUAAACACGCAAACAACAACGGUUUGUCCGUGACCUUAUACUGAAAUUUGUUAAUUGGUAAAACAUACAUUUAUUUUAUAAGAAAAUCUAACACCUCUUUUUCACGACUGUAAUGUCAUCACAAUUAAAGAUAUUGUCAUCCACAUAAAAAUAUAAGCAUCUUAUUCCCUUUGCCAUGGUAUUUGUUGAUCCAAGAUUGCAUCUUCACAUGGUUUGUUGUUAUUUGGAUGAGUGAUAAAUGAGUUAGUAAGUGGUAUUUGGCAAUGAACCUUUCUUGCACCUAAUUGCUUGAAAGGCAAUAUCAUGUUAAAAAUAUUUCUUCAACAUUAAUAUUUUUUUUUUUAAAUGCAUAUUUCUGGAAUGAAAAAUAAGUAAAACUUAUUAAAUGUUAAAGGUACAUAGCUAAAAUUUAGUGUGGUGGUAUUAACAAUUUUAAAAAGCAGCUUUGGCACUUUGGGGUUAAAUCAAGGAAAGUGGAGGCUUGUGAAAGCAGUUUUGGCACUUUGGGGUUAAAUCAAGGAAAGUGGAGGCUUGUGAUUUGCAGGUUUAAAUUAAGUUCUUAUAAGAAUAUUCUAACUUUAUUUUUCUCUGGGUUAAAGCAAAAAUGUUGGUUUGAUAUUGUUUGAAAUUGAAUUUAUUUGGACAAUUAGCAUACAUUUAAAUUUAAUGCAAUGAAAAAACAACAAAUUUUGUGGGUUUCCCAAUAAAUGUGUUUACAAAUUAAUAACAGUAAUACAUAUGAUUGAUUAUCAUUGAUUGAUAACAAAAAGAAUAUUUUAACUCUCAUUUUCAGAUAAAAUACUCAAAAUAAUUCUUUCAUUGUCACCUUAAAUAUAUUUCUAAUUUAUUAUAAUAAUUCUUAUAUAUAACAAAGUACAUAUACUUAAAUAUAAUAUAAGUAGAUAUACUUAUAUUUAUCAUAUUUUAAUCGAUUUCCUUAAAAUAAUACAUAAUCCAUAUAAUUGUUUGUAAGAAUCAAAACGUAUCUAAAUUAAUUCCUUUUUUUUUUUAGUGUUAUGUGGUCACAUUAGCUUGUUCUUAUAUAGAUAUUUGAGACCUAAAGGAUUUAUUAAAAACACAUUGGUUAAUUUGGUUAAUGAACUAUGUGUUUUUAAUAAAUCCUUUAGGUCUCAAAUAUCUAUAUAAGAACAAGCUAACGUGACCACAUAACACUAAAAAAAAAAAAGGAAUUAAUUUAGAUACGUUUUGAUUCUUACAAACAAUUAUAUGGAUUAUGUAUUAUUUUAAGGAAAUCGAUUAAAAUAUGAUAAAUAUAAGUAUAUCUACUUAUAUUAUAUUUAAGAUCAUUAACCAAAUUAACCAAAAUAAUGCCUAUUAUUUACAGUGCCUCCUUGAUUUUAUAACAACCCAAGGGUUCAGUCAGAGGAAGUAUACCAUAUCAACAUCAUACCCAAGGAGACUACUAGAUGAUCCUGAAAGUUGUUUGGCUGAUUUCGACUUUGGGAGAAGGGUUGUGCUGAACAUAGAAGAAAAGGAAUAAAGAUGAUUUCAAAUUUGGAAGGAGGGUUGUGCUGAACAUAGAAGAAAAGGAAGAAAGAAUUAAUGAAAGUAAUGCUAAGAAUGUUUUAAAGAUGUUUUCUUUUUAAAAAAAUAAUUUUUAUUAUAAAAAGCUGGGCAUAGUUACAAAUUUAUUCUAUCAUUUGAAUAAGCUGUUUUAAUUUUGAUACCUGGCGACAGAAGCAUUUUUGUGUAAAUAAUAUAAAUAUAAAUGUGCCGUGUAUAAUUGGCUGCCAUAAUUAAUGGGCCAUAAAAUAUUAAACAGGUUAGAAACAGAUAGUCUUUUUAGAUUUUUUUUCUUUUCAGUAAAGAAAUGUUCAACAAUAUUUCUACUGAAUGUCAUCUUCAGAUACAAUUUGUUUUGUUUCGACAUAAUCAUGUUUAGCAAAUAUUGCUACACAUAUGUCAGGAAUAAAAUUAUUCAUUCAUAUUUCAAAUUACAGCCUUUUGUCUCUAUGGGUAAAUAUAUAGUUAGUCUUUUUCUGAAAUAUAUAUUUAUUUUAAAUGUUGUUUUUUUUCUCCAUCUUGACCUUUGAUCUCAGGUCAGGACUGGUGUCAGAAGGCACACAUAAUGGUAAUUUUGUUAAACCCACCUUUUUCUUGGGGCAUCUUGGUAGCAGUACAAUCAUUUGCUGUGGUUAGUUAUGAUAUAGAUUUUUGUACCAAUCCCAGACAGGAGCAUUCAACUUAACAUAAUCAAACAUGCUGACAGUCUUGGCAUUUAUUACAAAUGAUGUGAGUUUCUUGACUCAGUUUUCUUAUUUAAUCUUUUAAGUCAGUUGAAAUACUGAAAUUAACAUUUUCCAAGGCUAGUGUGUUGUGUGCUACACCUUCUAUUUUCAUUGGGAUUUUCCAUGAGAAAAUCUAAGCAGUCAUAAGAGACAUUUGAUGAGAGGAUUUUUGUCUAGUUAUACUAGUUAAUGAGUUAAUUAAAGAAAAAUAGUAAAUAUUACAGCAAUGCUCUAUUUUAAUGUGUUAAUUUGCCUAUAUGUAUGUGCCCUCUGGAUGGAGUGAUUUUGAAUGGACCCUUGCAGAGUAAGGUGGCAAACAAACACCCUCCCCCCCCCACACUCCCCACCCCUUUCUGGACCUCCCAACCCUUGUCUUGCGUAAGUUGUUUUGAUCGACAUAAUGAUUUUUUUGCUUUUGUUUGUUAGAAGUCAUUUGAAUUUAAAUUCUUCCAAAAUGUGAUAUGGAACUGAUGUACCUGACUGAUUAGACUAAAUGGACCUGUUCUACCUGACUGACUACACUAACAAUAUUGUGGCCAUUGCCUAAAAAGCUUGUUAAAUUUUCCUUUUCUUUUUUUUUUCAACUUCAAAUUUUAUAUAAUAAUUAAGUUGCUGCCAUUUGUUGAAGAUUUCUAAAUUUUAUCUUUGUUAUUUUGAUUAGUGUGGUCGAAUGAGAGUCUUUCAAUUUUCAUAUGUUGGCAAACAUGUCAGAAAUUAUAUUUAUACUAGAUCCACGUCUAUAUGUUUUAAAAACAAAUGUUCAGUUUUUUAAUCUUAUAGUUUUGUCUUUGUUAGCCAUGGGUGAGUUCCAUGGAAAAAGUGGACACAAAAAUAAAAAUAAUCAAAUUUGCAUAAAAUAAAUUUGGUGCUACAGUAAAUAAAAUUAUUUCAUGCAUCUUGGUGUGGAAUCAAUUUGAGUAUCUUUGUUCUUGUGUGACACAUGAGCCGGUGGCCAUUUUGAAUUAAGAAGAUGUCUGCACAUUUUAAUACAAAGUUUGUUGAAGUUUAUUAUGUUUAAAUCUGAUAAAGAUAGGCAGUCAAUUUUCAACACUGUU